GAAAAAAGUGGAAUAUGAAUAAGCAAUUUUUGCAAAAAGUUCAGAAAAUUUGUAGUAAUUUAUUUUAUUAUCAAAAACCUGUUGUUUACUCAAAAAUAAAAGUAUUGUUUCGUUUUUCCAUGUGAUUCAGAACAAAACAAUAAGAAGAUUUUUUUGUCAAAAUUUUAGUGCCGCAAAACUGUGCGUUUUUGCGUUAUCACGAAUAAAAAUAAUUUUUUUUUUGCAAUGUGCUUUUCAAGAAAAAGAAAUAAGGUAGGAAAACUUUUAUAUUGAUGUUUUUGGAAAACUUGUGUAAAGCAUUUGAACGAAACAUUUAUCCCGUAAUCAAAACAAAAAGGGUUGAAGAGUGUAAUGAAUAAAAGUGACCAGGAAAAUAUAAAGUACGAUUCUUUCUGAUUUGCUGAUUAGUAACUGAAGACGAUAUACGUGGCCACACUGUAUGUUCUAAUCGUUUUAUCCUUUUUUCACUUUCUUUUGCUUAAAUUUUUGUGAUAAAUUUGCACCAAAAAAUUCUGUAUUUUGAGUCUGCAAGCGUAAGAAAAAUUGUGUCGAAGGUAAAAAUAAGGAGAAAGACGACGAAUCCUUUGUAAGUAUAAGUGGUGAGGGUGUGAUAAUGACAGAUGUGCUCGUAGUAAAAGUGGUGGCACCCGAAGAAAACGACAAUGACCCGGAGAUGAAAGGUUGGCUUUUAAAGUGGACGAAUUAUUUGAAGGGUUAUCAAAAAAGGUGGUUUGUAUUAUCAAAGGGUGUUCUCAGUUAUUAUCGCAAUCAAGCCGAAAUGAAUCAUACUUGUCGAGGCACAAUUUCUCUGCACGGUGCACUUAUUCACACUGUUGAUUCAUGCACUUUUGUUGUCUCUAACGGCGGAACGCAAACAUUUCACAUUAAGACUGCGAACGAAGUAGAACGACAAUCAUGGGUUACCGCGUUGGAGUUGGCCAAAGUGAAAGCUAUUCGAGCUAUGGAAAGUGAAGAGGAAGAAGAGAAAGAAACCCUCCACGUUGUUCCUAGCCAGGAAAUAACCGCUGUUGUUCGAGAUCUAACCGAACGUCUAGAAAGCUUACGCACCUGUUAUGAUUUAAUUACGAAACAUGGUGUCGCUCUCCAGGGCGCACUUGCUGAGUUGAAAUCAAUGAAUAUAAUGUCUUCCGACGAAGACACUAUUGUCGGUCGCAUAAAAAUUGUAAACGAACGAGCUACUCUCUUUCGAAUUACUUCGAAUGCGAUGAUUAACGCGUGUAAUGACUACUUACGCUCAGCUGAGUCUCAGGGUCAUAAGUGGUCUAAAGCACUUCAACAUGAGCGAGAAAAUAGGGAGCGCCUUGAAGAAAUCGUGGAACAAUUAGCUAAGCAGCACACACAAUUAGAACAGGCGGCACAUCGGGUGCAACAAAAUAAAUUGGCGAUGAAUACGCAACAAGUUUUGGAAAUUGAUUGUGGCGCCGUAGUGUCAGAUGAUGAAAUUGAAUUUUUCGAUGCAGAAGACGACAAAGUGAUUUACCAACGUCCUGCCGAUGAUCAUGACGACGGUGCAUUUAUUCUUAAAAUGAGCGAUACAAAACAGCAGCAGACACAGACUAGUAGUAGCAGUACGAGUAGUUUUUCUUCAGAAAUAGAUGAUAAUGCGCAUAAGAUGCGAAAGUCUUACGGGCUUGAUGAUAAAGGAUACGUGGAUUCUCCGGAUCCAAAUUCCCCCAAAGGGUCCGGACACGGAAACGCGGCAGAUAAUGAAGAUAAUUCAGCAGGUAAUAAUGCAGGUGCGGUCGGAAACUUGAGAUCUUCUCAGAAUUCAGAAAUAUCGCUGAACAGUGGUGCUGGUGCUGGCGGAACAGGUGAUCCGCGGAGGCCUGGUGGUGGAGAAAUAAGUGGUGCAUCCAAUUCCAGGCAGGCGAUUCGCAAGAGGCGUACUAGAGUGCCUGAUAAACCGAAUUAUCCUCUUAAUUUGUGGUCGAUCAUGAAAAAUUGCAUUGGCAAAGAACUGUCAAAAAUCCCAAUGCCGGUGAAUUUUAAUGAACCCCUUUCAAUGUUGCAACGUCUCACAGAAGACUACGAAUACGCCGAAUUGCUUGACCAAGCUGCUGAAUGCAUCGACGAGUGCGAACAACUCGCUUAUGUCGCUGCUUUUUCGAUCUCUGCAUAUUCUACUACCACUACCCGAACUGGGAAGCCGUUCAAUCCGCUCUUAGGAGAAACCUUUGAAUGUGAUCGAACCGAUGACCUUGGCUGGAGAUGUAUAGCGGAGCAAGUUUCACACCACCCUCCUAUGGCAGCGACUUGUUGCGAAGGACGCAAUUGGGUAUCCUGGCAAGAAUUCACAAUGACUAGUAAAUUCCGAGGCAAAUAUUUACAGAUCAUACCGCUCGGUGCAGCUUAUGUACUAUUUCCGAAGACAAAUCAUAAAUAUACAUGGCAUAAAGUAACCACUACUGUAAAUAAUAUAAUAGUUGGUAAAUUGUGGGUGGAUCAGCAUGGUGAUACUGAAAUAGUGGGUUUAAAUUCGUCCUCUGGCAUCAAAUGCGUUCUGAAGUAUAUACCAUAUUCAUAUUUUUCACGUGAAACACAAAGACGUGUUAAAGGGGUGGUCAUAGAUCGUAACAAUAAAGUGAAAUGGGUAAUUCGUGGGACCUGGGACAGCCAAAUUGAAAUAGCUAAGGUUCGUUCGACUUCUGGGCCUCCGGACAGUCCAGAAUACGAGACGGGGCUAUACAAGAAUAUAUGGGAAAGGCGUAUGCCUCCGUCAGACAGCGAAAAAUAUUACAACUUCUCAGUGCUGGCUGCUCAACUCAACGAGAUGGAAGAGGGGGUGGCACCAACCGAUUCCAGACAUAGGCCUGAUCAACGGUUAAUGGAAGUAGGUAAAUGGGACGAGAGUAAUCAUGAAAAGCUACGCUUAGAAGAAAAACAACGUGAGAAAAGAAAACAACGGGAGGAAGAAGCUGAAGCUGCGGCCAGUAGGGGGGAACCUUUUCCACCUUACCAACCAGUGUGGUUUUCCCAACAGAGAGAAGAAGGUACCGACAACAUUGUUCAUAUCCAUACAGGCAACUAUUGGGAGCAUAAGAAAAGGCAAGAUUGGUCCAAAUGCCCAGAUAUAUUUUAAACAUUGUCAUUGUUUUUCGGUGCAACUAUUACAAGCUUAUUUUCAAACCAAAAGUGGAACAUAAUAAAAAAGAGAAAAAUUUACUACAGAAAGACGAAAAACAACAUAAUAGUUGCAGAUCUUGUAGUUUAUAAUUAAGAAACAAAAAUAAAAUAUGCAUUAAAAAAUUGGGA